UUGAGGUGCCGCGGUCCCACGGUGGGUGUUUGGGCACAGGCGCCUUUCUCUGAGCGGGGGGGUCAGUAACUGGAGGCUGCUCACCCCGCUGUGCCCGCGGAGCAGGCGCUGAUCCGGGGGAAGGGCAGGAGCAGGUACCGGGAUUAGAGCAGAUUUACCGCAGCUCUCGCUCCUGUCCAGACCACCAUGGGUACAAGUGUAGUCACCGUUGCAAUCGUCACUCUACUCGUGAUUGGAUGUACAAUUGUAGGAGCAGCAGCAAAGGAUCGCAGCUCUGAUGGGGACAAUGGAAGUGUCCUUGGAACUGUCAUUGGAGCCACAGUGGGAGCAGGAUUAGCACUGGUUGGCCUCCCGGUGUGCCUCGGCGCGCUGGGGUUCACCGGGGCUGGCAUCGCCGCUGGCUCCAUCGCUGCCAAGAUGAUGUCGGCAGCUGCCAUCGCCAACGGCGGCGGAGUGGCUGCUGGCAGCACCGUGGCCGUGCUGCAGUCCGUCGGAGCUGCAGGUCUCUCUCUUGGUGCCAAAGCUGGGCUGACAGCUGCCCUGGGCUCAGCUGGUGCAGCAACUGGUGAGUUGCUCUCUGAGUGAAAAAAACCUCCAAGCGACAAACCUAAAAAAGGAUAAAAUCCAAGUGACAAACCCAAGAAAAAGUAACUUGGAUGACAAACAUGAGGAGGAGACAACUCCAGAGGAGGAAGCCAAGAGAAGCCAAGCAGAAGCAGAUGCCUGAUGCCAAGGCCUUGCCAUGCACAAUGCAGGUGCUGGGAAACCCCCAGAGACCCUUCAGAGCUUUGUCUCCCCUUGUAAAACCUUGUAUUCUUGUGAGCAGCAAUUUCCCUGAAGCCAAUAAAUGUGCUUUGCUUGCAGCAGA